UUCCCUUAGAUCAUAAUUGUUUAGCCUCAAAAUUCAGAUUUUUAUUAAAUUUAUCAUAUAUUUGGUCCGCAUUACGCAAAAUUUUUUUCAAAAUUCGAAAAUACGCCGGAAAUCUUUGUCAGAGGGCAAGCCUCUGCGUUGCGUCACCAUGCCUUAGAUGUCGCUGCUAUGCCGACAAAUGCAAACGGAAAGUGCAACCGAAGAAGUUCCGGCUAGACCGUGGACCCUACCUUUCCCAACUGGACUACCAAUCUCGUCUGCAGUUCCAAGCACCAGCUCUGAGGUUACCCCUCACCAGCAUUAUAUGCACCGUUGGACCCUCAUCCAGCCAGCCCGAAGUUCUCCUUAAUCUCAUUCAUGCUGGGAUGAAGGUGGUCCGAUUGGACUUCUCCCACGGCACCCACGAAUGCCAUUGCCAGGCAAUCCAGGCGGCACGUAAAGCCAUCGCCAUGUAUGUGGAGGAAACGGGUCUUCCCAGAUGCUUGGCCAUUGCCCUGGACACCAAGGGUCCAGAAAUCAAUCCACAGGGUGUACCUGUUGAUUUAAACGCCAUAACCGAGCAAGACAAACUGGAUCUCAAGUUUGGGGCGGAUCAGAAGGUGGACAUGAUCUUCGCGUCGUUCAUCCGCGAUGCUAAAGCUUUGCAAGAAAUUCGCCAGGCACUGGGUCCAUCAAGUGAGCACAUAAAGAUCAUUUCCAAGAUAGAAAGUCAACAGGCUCUGGCGAACAUAGAUGAGAUAAUCCGCGAAUCCGAUGGCAUAAUGGUGGCCCUUGGGAAUAUGGGCAACGAAAUAGCACUGGAGGCUGUACCGCUGGCCCAGAAAUCGAUCGUGGCCAAGUGUAACAAAGUUGGAAGGCCUGUGAUCUGUGCCAAUCAAAUGAUGAAUUCGAUGAUAACCAAGCCACGUCCCACACGCGCCGAAUCUUCUGAUGUGGCAAACGCAAUCUUGGAUGGUUGUGAUGCCCUUGUGUUGUCUGAUGAAACGGCCAAGGGUAAGUACCCGGUGCAAUGUGUGCAGUGCAUGGCCAGAAUCUGCGCCAAGGUGGAGUCGGUUUUAUGGUACGAGAGCCUUCAGAACAACCUCAAGAGCGAAGUCCGGAUCAACGCCGCCGAUCACAUCUCGGCGGUAAGCACGGCAAUUGCAGAAGCGGCUACGGUGAGUCAGGCUCAGGCAAUAGUGGUGGCCAGUCCGUGCUCCAUUGUGCCCCAGAUGGUCAGUCAAAUGAGGCCGCCCUGUCCCAUCGUUUUGCUCACCGGCUGCCCACAUAAGGCCGCUCACUCCUUGCUCUUUCGUGGCGUUUACCCACUCCUUGUCAAGGAAAUGGUUUAUGGCAGCGUGAACUACUGUCGCAUCAUGCAAGCGGGCUUAAAGAUAUUGGCCAAGUUGGACAUCCUGGAGCCAGGUCGAAGGGGAACUUUGGUGCUGGUCAAUGCUAUGUCGGCAGACAAGCUCACCUUCCGGAUGUUCACUUUUGCACAGCCAACUGAGAAAGAGCGAGAAGAAGAACGCUGCCGAAAGUUGGACAGGAAGCAGCGAUGCAAGGAAAUGUCUCAAAAUAAUUCUUGUCCAAAUGCAAAGAGCAGUAAGUCUGAAAAAUCUAUAAAGUCCGAUGAAAAGGACGGUACCAGUUCAAAAAAAGAAUUUCCUAAGGACGAAGAAGUUUCGAAAUGUUUACAGUUAGGAAAUCAAAUUCAGCAGAAACGAGGUGAAGAUUCUGUUAUGAACGAAGAAAAGGAACAUCUCUGUUCAAAGAAAUCAAAAGAAUGUCCCAAGAAGGACAACGUGGACUUGAAGUGCUUACAGCUGAAAAAGGAAAGACAAGCUCAAAUGGAAGCUAAGUUGAAAAAGACGGAUGAACUUAAAAAGGAGAAAGAAGAAAAUAAAGCCAUGAAGCCCGAUAAAAAGGAUGGUUCCAAUUCAAAGAAAGAACGUCCUAACCACAAAGAAAUCUGGAAAUGUUUACAGCUAGAAAAGAAGCGGAGUGAAGAUUUUGUAAUGGCCAAAGAAAAGGAAUAUCUAUGUUCAAAAAAAUCAAAAGAGUGUCCCAAUAAGGACGACGAGUCCUUGAAGUGCUUACAGCUGAAAAAAGAAAGACAAGCUCGAGCGACAGCUGAGAUGAAACAGAAGGCAGAACUUAAACAGAAGAAUAGUUUAAGCCAUAAGAAAGGAGGCAAUAAGGCACCAAAAUGCAACAAACUUAAAAAACAAAGUCAAAAGAAUGGGUGCAGAGUAGUAAAAAUUUCGAGGACAUCUGAAGAGGAUAAUUAUAUACCGAAGAAAGAAUUUCCUAGGGAAGACAAUAAGAUCUUCAAUAUAGAAAGGGCUCGAAAGGCUCAGCCAAAAACUUUUGUCAAACACAGUGAAGAGUCGGUAAAGUCUUGGGAUAUUGUACUCGAAAACUGCAAGACCGAUAAACGCAAAAACCGCAAGACAGGAAAACUAAAAAACUUUAAGACAGUAAAACUUGAAAACUGCAAAAUAACAAAUCUUAAGAAGCGCAAAACGAUCAAGCUCGAAAAUUGUAAGCAGCCGCGAAGAGUUAUGAAAAGAACUAAUCUUACUAAAAAGGCGUGAAUAUGUAUGAUUCAAGUAUGAAGAUACAAUGGUUUUUGUGUCAAGGGUGUAAUAAUGGCCGUAAGAAACGUUCUCUAUUGAUUUAUCGCAAAUUAAUAAAGGCGUGUUCACAAUACAAAUCGUAAAAGGUAGAAAGGUGAAUAUUUGUUGUUAAAAUCCGGUUUUGAAAUUGAAUUUAGUUAAAAUUUUAGAAAUUUUUU